AUGUCAUCAACAAUCGAACCCUUUGAGAUCCCAUCAAUACCCGCUGAAAGACUCGCUUUGCUCAAACAGAAACUCCAAAAUGCCAAGUAUCCCAAUGAGCUUGGAAAGGAGGUUGGAUGGGAGUAUGGUGCGCCACGAUGGGUUGUCAAACCACUAGUGGAAGCAUGGCUCAAUGACUAUGACUGGGAGAAGGCGCGUGCCGAAAUGAACAAGUGGCACCACUACCGCGUGGAAAUCCAAAAUUUACGGGAGCACUUUAUCCAUGAACGUUCGAGCAACCUUGAUGCUGUUCCUCUCCUCAUGCUGAACGGCUGGCCGUCAAGCUUUUACGAAUAUCACAAGGUGAUCGAUUCUCUUCGAGACGGUGCUAAUGGCGGUCAUGCUUUCCAUGUGGUGAUUGCAAGCCAUGCUGGAUUUGGCUUUUCAGAAGCACCCAAACUUCCCGGCCACGGUGGCUCAAAGAGCGUACUCGGUUACGAUGAUUACAUGGUUCACGGAUCCGACUUUGGCACCAUGGUCGGCAAAUGGCUCGCUGUCAAGCAUCCUCAGCAGUGCAAGGGAUUCCACACGGCCACCAUCGCUCUCGGUAUGGACACAGUCUAUGGUCGUGGUACUUCCAAAAUCAAGGGUCGAUCGUUUGUCGACGUUGAAAAUGAUCCUGAGCUUGGUUACUGUGCCAUCCAGAGUACACGACCGUACACUCUAGCAUAUGGUUUGACUGACAGUCCAGUGGGCCUUUUGGCUUGGCUACUCGAAAAGUACCACAAUUGGUCAUAUCCGGAAAACAAAGAUGACAGUGUCGUGUUGCCAGACACCAUCACCACCGACGAGUUCCUCACUCAAGCCACCCUCUUCUGGCUGACAAAUUCAAUUUCCUCGUCGAUCCGUUUCUACUAUGAAACCUUCAAUGAUGCAGGAGUGAAGGCGGUGUUCCCGCUUUACGUCAACAUCCCGAGUGCAGUGUCCUGCUUCCCUGCUGAUCUAAGCAAGGUCCCUCGCGAAUGGCUUGAAGCAAACUUCAAUUUGCAGCAAUACAACGAACUCGACAUGGGAGGUCAUUUUCCGGCCUUGGAGUGUGGAGCUUUGCUGGUGGAUGAGGUGCAACGAUUUGGCAAAUUUUUGAAGACGAUGGAAUACUUAAAGUAGCGAUAGCAGCAGCAGUUGUGGCUGUCAUGGUUCCCCUUCUCCUUAGCAGCAGUAGCAGUAUUAACCUUUCUUUUUCUUACCUGGCUAUCUUUACAAAGAAGAAUAAAGUUGUUCAAUUUUUCUCGCGGUCUCUACUC